GUGGAGCAGCCCAGUGGUAUCGACAGGCAGGGAAAGCCCUCAGACAGUAAGUACAGUGUCUCCGGUGAAGACCGCCGCUCCGCACUCUGCUGGCUCUACACUGAGGGCUGCGCCUCUAAACGGACUGAAAAACACUCCAAGACAGCAAGUCUGAGCUGUAGCACUGAUUCGUUUUUUUUUUUAGGGGGAGAUGGCUGAUGUAAGUUCAAACGACUCGUCUACCGCGGACGUAGCGAAUAGGUUUGCUCGCAAAGGUGCUUUGAGGCAAAAAAACGUCCACGAAGUCAAGAACCAUAAAUUCAUAGCCCGGUUCUUCAAGCAGCCGACUUUCUGCAGCCACUGCACCGACUUUAUCUGGGGGUUUGGAAAACAAGGAUUCCAGUGCCAAGUUUGCUGUUUUGUGGUCCACAAGAGGUGCCAUGAGCUUGUCACGUUCUGCUGCCCAGGGGCAGAUAAGGGGCCCGACACAGAUGAUCCCAGAACGAAGCACAAAUUUAAGAUCCACACCUAUGGGAGCCCCACCUUCUGUGACCACUGUGGCUCUCUGCUGUAUGGCCUCAUCCACCAGGGCAUGAAGUGCGACUCCUGCGAUAUGAAUGUCCAUAACCAGUGUGUUAUGAACGUGCCCAGCCUGUGUGGAACUGAUUACACCGAAAGGAGGGGGCGUGUUUUCCUAAAGUGUGAGGUCACCGGGGAUAAGCUGCAGGUCACAGUGGGUGAAGGCAAAAACCUGAUCCCCAUGGACCCCAACGGCCUGUCUGAUCCAUAUGUCAAGCUCAAGCUCAUUCCAGACCCCAAAAAUGAGACCAAGCAGAAGACCAAAACCAUCCGCUCCAACCUCAACCCCAAAUGGAACGAAACCUUUAAUUUCAAGCUGAAGCCUACAGAUAAGGACCGCAGGCUGUCAGUGGAGGUGUGGGACUGGGACCGGACCACUAGGAAUGACUUCAUGGGGGCCCUUUCCUUCGGCGUAUCAGAGCUCAUCAAGGCUCCAGUCUGUGGCUGGUAUAAGUUAUUGUGUCAGGAGGAGGGCGAGUACUACAAUGUUCCCAUCUCAGAGGAGGAUGACGGGAAUGAGGAACUGAGGCAGAAGUUUGAGAUAGCCAAGCUAGGCCCAGGGAAGAAGGUCAACGAGCUAGACGGCAGCCACUCCAGCCAGCUGCCUUCCAACAGCCUGGACCAGGUUAAACUCUGCGACUUCUCCUUCCUUGCUGUUCUGGGGAAGGGCAGCUUUGGCAAGGUCAUGCUGGCAGAGAUGAAGGCCACUCAAGAGCUGUACGCAAUAAAGAUCCUGAAGAAGGACGUGGUGAUCCAGGACGAUGACGUGGAAUGUACCAUGGUGGAGAAGAGAGUCCUGGCCCAACAGGACAAGCCGCCCUUCCUCACACAUCUCCACUCGUGCUUCCAGACUGUGGACCGUCUGUACUUUGUCAUGGAGUAUGUGAAUGGGGGAGACCUCAUGUACCAUAUCCAACAAGUGGGCAAGUUCAAGGAACCUCAGGCAGUGUUCUAUGCAGCAGAGAUCGCUGUUGGUCUCUUCUUCCUGCACAUUAAAGGAAUCAUCUACAGGGAUCUGAAGUUGGACAAUGUGAUGCUGGACGCUGAGGGACACAUAAAGAUUGCUGACUUUGGCAUGUGUAAAGAGAACAUGACAGAAGGAGUGACCACACGCACCUUCUGUGGCACUCCAGACUACAUAGCCCCAGAGAUCAUUGCAUAUCAGCCAUAUGGAGGCUCUGUAGACUGGUGGGCAUAUGGCGUUCUGCUCUACGAAAUGCUUGCAGGACAGCCUCCAUUUGAUGGCGAGGAUGAAGAUGAGCUGUUCCAGUCCAUUAUGGAGCACAACGUGUCCUACCCCAAGUCCAUGUCCAAAGAAGCUGUCUCCAUCUGCAAAGGGCUGAUGACCAAGCACCCAUCCAAGCGCCUGGGCUGCGGCUCUGAGGGAGAGAGGGACAUCAGAGAGCACGCCUUCUUCAGACGCAUCGACUGGGAACGCCUCCAGAACAGGGAGAUACAGCCGCCCUUCAAGCCCAAAGUGUGUGGCAAAGGAGCAGAGAACUUUGACAAGUUUUUCACGCGCACCCAGCCCCAGCUCACACCACCAGAUGAGCUGGUUAUCGCCAACAUCGACCAGGCCGAGUUUGCAGGGUUCUCUUUCAUCAACCCACAGUUUGUACACCCGUCACUCAGUAACAGCAUAUGAGAAGGAUGGGGAAACCUCGCUGAAGAACCUCCCUGCUCACUGCCACCUACUUAAACCAACUGCCAACCUACCAUCUGACCACAACUUGAUCAAUGCCCACUAUAACCCUUUAUGUAAGCAGCAUUCUAGGGCAUACAUAUUUGUUCUGUACAAUAUAUUUGCUAGUAUAGAUUAUAUAUAUUAGAUUGGCUCUUGGCCAUCACAAGAAAUAAUUUCCUUUAGUUUAACGAUGAGCAUGUACUGUAGACAAGGAUGCCCUUCCUUACUGCUGCAAUCUGUAAUGAAGGUUUACCAUAGCUGGAGGCACUGAGACAGAAGGUGUGUCAGGCUUUAUUUAUCUACAGUAUGCCAGUAUAUGAUGAAAUUGAGAGAAUAAAUGAAUCUAUGCCUGUAAAUGAUAUAAGCAAGAGAAUAUUAAAGGAGCAUUUAAGGCAUGGAUUAACUAAUUGUGGAAAAGAUGCCUGUGGACCUUUUCAUGCUUACAAAUCUCAAUGGAUGUAGUUGGUGGGUUACAAUUUGUUUCUAUAUGGAUAACGAUCACAAUAUAGAUAUUAUGUGAUGACCUAAAAAACACUCAUCACAUAUAAAGCAGUGUAGAAACUAUAGCCAAAUAUGAAGGACAGGUGGUGCAGGCGUUGAAACAGCACCUUGUGAUUCAAUGUUUCCUGUAUCAUGUUUACAGUUUUUCUUCCCCUUUCGAUUUCAUGGUGAUGGUGUAAAAUUCUAUUUUAGUAAAAUUUGAUUCUUGCCAGUCUCAACUUCCAGUGUGCGUAGCAAAUCAACUGAAGAAUGAACAGUUAUGUUGUUAAAUAAUAUGCAGCCCUUUAAAAACUCAUGAGACACAUGAAAGUGCGUCAGGGUUGUUUCCAGUUUGUCAAAACUUAACUUAACUGUUAUCACACAAUUUUCUCAUUUACACACCUAUUUUCAAGCCCUUACUUGAGCUGCAGAUUGUGCACUUCCCCUGUCAAUAAUUUUUUGGACUCUAUGUGGACACACAGUAAAUAGCAAUCAAUCUAGUAUGUGGGCAGUGGCAGAACAUUCUUAGGAAAAAAUCUAACCUAAAAUGUUUACAGUUUGUUGAGUUUUAACACUAGUCAGUGUUAACCACUGUCUCUGUCCCACGCUAUGCCCACAACUACAAAGUCUCCCAUUGGUCAUAAAUGUCUUCACAGAAACAGUGAAGGCAUUUUGAUAAACUGUUUUUAGAAUAUAACAUUAUGUCAUUCUGUAUUAACCAUGCAAUGUUAUAUUGCAUACAGUAUCAUGCCCCCAAGCGUUGACAAAACAUAUUUGUUAGGUUUCCUGGAUAAAAAAUUACAAAUCAAAAGGAGCCUUUCUUCUGACAAUGCUUUGUUGUCCUUCAUUAGGAGUAUGGCAACACGAUUAUAAUUAGUUAAAUCAUUAUUUGGCAUCCCUUUUUGUUUCUUUAAUGUCUUUAAAAAAAUAUUUGUUUUUACUCUCCUAUUCUUUUGUGAUUUCAUACAUAUUUUUCCAUUAGAUCUGAUUAAUAUUUUCUUGUAUCUAAUAUCAGUGCAUAACUCCUCUGUAAAUAAUCAUGAGUUAUUUAAAAAGAGUAUAGCAAGUAAAAUUUUUAUACCAACACCUGAAUGUGCUUUUAUUACAUUAAUUAUAUAAACCAAUAUUUGUAUGUGUAAAAGAUUAAACAACCAAGAAAGUAACCCAGUACAGAUCAACUUUGUAACAGCUGGAUAUCUUUAAUAGAGUGUCCAGAUUUAGCAAGUUGUGAAUAUAUAUCUGUUUUACUUGUUUUGGCAGAUUUAUCAAAUCUUUUUUCUUUUUUCUUUAUUCAUAUUCAAUGAUUUUGACAGCAAAUUGUGCGUUGAUUGGAUGCGUGUCUGGCUGUUGACUGUCCGACUGUAUCUGCAUGCUAUUGGUAGGCAUCAAUCAUGCACCUCAUCCGCUAAAUGCUGCAUGCUACUAAUUAUAACACCCCUAAGAGUUACAACCUCAAAGUAAUACCCCACUCAAAAUCUAACUUUACAGCUAAGAGUCACCCCUUGUAGUCUUUAAAGUUUGUACCUGUUUCCUUUUUGAAGAAUAAUGGCCAUGGUUAGCUUAAAUCCAUGUUGACUACAAUGGAUUCCAAUAGUGACAAAAAAGUGUCAAAAUGUCCAUAAAAAUGUCUCAAACCACUCACUUGCUUGCAGGUCUGGUCUGAGUCUAUGGGAGGUGAAUGUUUGCUAUUCAAAACAUAGAUUCAGGGUGGAGUAUCACUGUAAGCGUGGAUCUAGAUUGGUCAAAUUAAAGGUGGCCAUUACACACCACAGUCCGGUACCCUAAGAGUGCUGAUCUUAGACCAGCUAGACUCUCUAAGAUAAUUGCAGGGUACUAUACUGCACACAAAGUCAAGCUUCAAUGACAAAGUCUUGCAACAGUAAUAAAACAUCGAAGUCCUAAUGCUCAGGCAGAUUUGUAAACAAUACAUUAAAGGAACAGUGAGGAACGACAGUGAUUUAGCCUAAAGAAGAUCACUAAAGAACAUAGAAUAGACAUUUAUUACAGUUUAUAAAUUUAAAUAGAUACUAAUACUAAAAGACUUUCCUGAGACAUAGUCCCUGGUUCUAGAUCAGUGCUCAUUUCUGUAGAAGCUUGAUAUAUACAUAUACAUUAUGGCCCCUGGUUCCUUUUUCCUUUACCUAUUUAGGGUGAUGUGGAACACUGAAUCCAGACCCGCGGUGAGUUGUGACUCAGAAGCACUGCUCAUUGCUAGACCAGUAGGACCACUCGCUCUCUAGUGUCUCAUGAAUGGGGUUUAUGUUAUAAUCUUAAUGUCGUGUUAUUGUCACUUUGUAAAAUUGUUGUUUAUUUUGUUGUUGUUUUUUUGCUUUUGCUGUUGUCAGUUGUUGUCAAUGUUUUCAGUUUUAUUUCUCUAGCUUCUGCUCAAGAAAUUCAGGAAUGUUUCAAAGGAUAUAUCACAUUUGAAAACUCGUAUUUGACUGAUAUAGAUAGGAACUAAUGAAACGUUUGUGAUACUUUCUCUAUGUUUACUUGUGCUCGCCUAACGUGUUUCCUAUAGUAUAUAACCUUUUGCAUGUGCCAAACCUGGAAAAGUCAGAACCCGACAAUAGCAGCGUUGCACUAGCUGUAGUCACAUGGAUGACUCUCCGUGGCAACUUCUCCCUGGGCAGCCUGAGACCUUCCUAAAGCCACACCUGCUGUUCACUCUGCUGGCCACAUAACAUAUACAGUAGCAUGCAGCCAUGAGUAUACCAGUGCAAACUUUACAAUGCCAGUCAGUUUGAUAGAUGACUCACCAUAUACGGUACUAGAUUUUCCUGCCUGUCCAGCCUUGGGCAGUAUUGUGUCUGAAAAACAUUUAAACUUGUGGAGCUUUUGAUUUAACAUCAGUGAAUUUCACAGAAGUAAGAGAAAAUAUUUCUUGUACAUACUCAGUUUACUCGUCAACAGUCUUGCCCUUGUGUGAGCCUAACUUGCGCCUCUGUGUGUGCUGAUUUUAUUGUCUAGAUUCAUCCCUUUAAUAGAAUCUCUUAUGACUUGCUUCCCAAUCUUCUUUCUUUGUAGAAAAAUUUUCAAAAUGUCAAGUCACAGUCCAUGUGGGCAUGAAAAAAAGAUUACUUACUCUCCUCUUGUGUGCCUUUCCCAACUUGAACAGAUAUAUUGUACAUCUUCUUCUUAAUCUUCAUUCGUCCUUGCUCUGAUCUAAACUCUCUACUCCAUUUUUACUCCAUAUGUUUACUCCAUUUACUGUAUUUUUAAUCCAUUGUCAAAGUAGCUUAGUUAAGUUAAUUUACUCAGUUUUUACUUCAUUUUACGCCAUGUUAGUGUUACAGCACAUCUCACAAAUGAAUGAAUGUGAAUAAAAGUAAAAAGAAAAAACUCUGUACGCUUUUUUCACAUAAAUGGUCCAUCAUCUGGUCUGUAAAUCAGAAUUUUAAAUCAUUUUGUUGACUGACGCCUAUAACCUUUACAGUCAUAAAACUACAACUUGACUCAACCUCCUGUGUCGGCUUGCUUUACCUUUACCUCCCUGUGCCUAUUAAUGACUGAAUUAUGUAGUGGGUUAAUUAAUAUACGUAUUGACAAUAUGAGAGGAUGGUAUUCGGGGAGUGAAGGACCAAUGAACAGGUUAUUGAUGGGGUUAAGUUAAAUGAAUGAAAGGAUAGAUGAUGAUGGCUUGUUUGAAGGACAAUCCCUGUGCCUCGUCACAUUGAACCAUCCCUCCCUCGUCGUCUCUUAUACAUGCUCUUUCACUCUACCUGUUCCUCCUUCCUCAGUGCCUGGGCCAAGUUAAUCCAUCAUCUUAUCGACAGUGUCCACCUCCUUUCACCCUUUAAAUCCCAUCAGGUCAGGAAAGCAGUUGAUUUUUCUUGUGCAAUUCACUCAACACAGUUGGCAUCAGUUCCACCCUUUCCUCCUCUCUACUGGUCCCCCCUAAUGCACCAUGGGAAAGGAGUUAGCCGAAUGUAUUUGGUGUUUUGCUUGUUUACAUUCUAUUUGAUGUCCUUACCUUUUUGUUUUUCAUUUAAUUGAUUAGGAUGACCAGAAAAUAAUAAAGUAACUUUCUGAGGUAAAGAUUUUAUCUUAAAUGUAAGGUUCUGAGAGAGAGGUCUGUUCCGAUUUUUUUUUUCCAUUUGACAUUUCUUACAAUACUCCUUUCAGGUACCUAUUUGCUUUAGAUAAAUCUUGUUAAAUGUCUUUCUUCUUUGUAGUUAGUCAUUACUCUCCGCUGUGUCCUGUUCUCUAUGAAAUGAGAGAGUUGAAGUGAGCUGCCAUCUUUUUGGCCGUACAGAGCACAUGAUCAAUAAUGUGCAGGAAUGCCUUAUUCCUUAACCCAUACCAUAACAUGGUCUCUAACUCUCCUCUCUUUGUUCAUUUAUAAUAUCAGCACCCCUGUCCUUGUAUAUAAAUGACUUACAGUAGAUAUCUACAUAGAUAUUUCUACCUAAAGAAUAUAUUGUAUUUUGCAAACGGUGUAUGUUUGUUUUCUUCCCUUGUCAGCCUGAAACCUUUAAAAUGAGUCUGAGCUACUUACCUUGUAAUUGAUUGUGUCAUUUGUACCUAAUGUAUGAUAAUGCAAAUUAAAAAAAGGAAAAUGA